AUGCAAGGCUCUCAUUUCUCGUGGCUGCUUGCCGCGCUCGUCCCUUUUACCCUUGGUCAGACGAUCGAUGUCGAUGGCAAGGCGGUCCCUGCGGAUGAGAGCAAUGUUGCCCCUGCUUGGACAAAGCCUGUGACUGCUUCUUCCAAAAGCCCUUUCGCCGAUGCUACUCCUCAGCUGACUGAUGCUGUCCUUGCUAACCUCACCGACUUGAACUUGAGUGAUGUUGACCUAUUCUACUUUGCCGACACAAAGACAUCUAAGAAGCGAAAUGCCCUUUCCCACUCCAAGUGCAAGGUCUUCCCUGGCGACAAGGCUUUCCCUGGCAAGUUCAUCUGGAGUGUCUUUGACCUUCUCACCGGCGGCGCACUCAUCAAAACUGUUCCUCUUGGCUCAGCUUGCUACAAGGGUGAGCACUACGAUGAAGAGAAGUGUAAAUUCCUUCUGGACAACUGGUCCAACAGCACAACACAUAUCGAUGAUCCUACAUCGGUCAUGUCCCCUCUCUUCCAAGGCGCCACCUGCGAGCCCAGCAACGCUGCCUCAGGCGGCAAGUGCACCAUCGGUGGCUUCCCCCUGUACGCUAUGAAGGCCACCAACGUUGCUCAGAUCCAGCUCGCUGUCAACUUUGCCCGCAACCUGAACCUCCGCCUUGUCAUCCACAACACUGGUCAUGACUUCCUUGGUAAGAGCACUGGUGCUGGUGCUCUUAGCAUCUGGACACAUCACCUGAAGGAUGUCAAGUUCACCAAGAACUACCGCGGUAACAGCCAGUACACUGGUCCUGCUUUCAAGCUUGGUGCUGGUGUUCAGGUCAAGGACUUGUAUCAGGCUGCUGACAAGGAGGGAUACACUGCUGUCGGCGGAGAGUGUCGCGAUGUCGGUGUUACUGGUGGAUACCUUCCUGGAGGUGGUCACUCUCCUAUCAGCCCUAUCGCUGGUCUUGCUGCCGAUCAGCUUCUCAGUGCUGAGAUCGUCACACCCGAUGGUCGCUUCGUCACUGCCGAUGAGAAGCAAAACACUGACCUCUUCUGGGCCAUCCGUGGUGGUGGUCCCGCCACAUGGGGUGUCGUCGUCUCCAUGACUGUCCGUGUCUACCCCAAGAUGUCCUUCUCCGGUAUGACCUGGAGCGUCGUGACCAAGCAAGCCGGUAUCUCAGAAGAAAAGCUCUUCAAAGCACUUGAGGCUUACUGGCGCCGCUUCCCUGAGUACUCUGACAAGAAGAGCUACGGUUACGGUUUCAUCUUCCCCCAGGGCAAUGGAAGCUAUCUGUGGACCAUGAACCCUUGGAUGGUUCCCAACAUGCCCCUCCCUAAGUUCAAGAAGAUGGUUCAGCCUCUCCUUGAUGAAUGGAAGGAACUUGGCGUUGACCCAAAGCCCGAAUUCUUCCAACACGACAGCUUUUACCCUGCCUGGAAGACUCACUUCCCUGCCGAGAAUGCUGGCAGCUACACCGGUCGCUCUGGAUCUCGUCUCAUUCCCCGUAAGAACUGGGACGACUCCAAGCUUCUCGACAAGACCAUUGAGACUCUGAAGGGUAUCCUCAAGGAAGAUGGUGUCCUGGUCCUCUACAACAUCAACGCUGAGCAAACCAAGGAGACUCCUGCCAACUCAGCCAACCCUGCCUGGCGCGACGCCAACAUGUUUGUCAUCACCGCCCUCAACUGGAAGCUCGACGACACCGAGGAGGAGAUCGCUAGGGUGAACAACAAGAUCACCUUUGACAUCAUGGAGCGUCUCAAGGCUGUUACCCCCGGUGGUGGCGGUUACGGUAACGAGGGUGAUGUUAUGGACCCCGACUUUGGUCAGUCUUACUUUGGAUCUAACUACAAGAAGCUGUACCAGUUGAAGCAGAAGAUUGAUCCUUAUGGUCUCCUUUAUGCUCCUACCGCCGUUGGUAGUGAGGAUUGGUACAUCACUGGGCAACCCGCCUAUGUGACCAGGCAGACUGGCCGACUGUGCCGCAAGUAG